UGAACACUCCAAUGGAAGAGCGUACUGAAAGCACACUCACUAAGAAGGAAACCUGGGAUAGUACAUUUGACCACGAAAUCCUGAACUUUGAAGAUACAGGCGAUGAAGGAGAAGUCUGGUUUGGAGAAGACGUCCAACAAAAAGCAAUAGAUUAUAUCCAAGAUAACUUCUCAGCCAAGGACAUGCACGUCCUUGACGUUGGCACUGGAAAUGCAGCCUUCCUUAUUGCAUGCAGGGAGGAAUUGGAUCUAGAGAAUCUCACUGGUAUUGAUUAUAGCGAAAAAUCUAUCGAACUCAGUCAGAAAAUUCUCAAUGCUAAGUUUGGAGAUGACAAUAUUAUCACUGUUAAACAAGGUGAUGCAUUUGAGUACCUUGAAGAAGAGAAAGAAAAAUAUACCAUUGUACAUGACAAAGGAACUUUUGAUGUUAUCUACAUGAUGUCAGAGGAUAAUAACCAUGAUUAUGUUAAGGCUAUUCAUUUCAGGAUGAAGCCAGAAGAAAACUCAAGAUUAAUAAUCACUAGUUGUAACUGCACAGGUAGCGAGCUAGAUGGAAUAUUCCUCAAAGAAGACUAUUUUGAAAAAGUUGAAGAAAUUAAAGGAUACAGAACAAUGAAAUUUGGAGGAGUAAUUGGUCAGAAUGUUAGCACAUGUGUCUACAAACCUCUUCGUAAAGAAUAA